AUGUCCGACGAAGACGGGGGCUUGUUCAGCAUCGCCAUUGACUCCGACGAGGAGGGCCUGGCGUCGGAGGCGGCGGCUAAGGCGAAGGAGAGGCCCAGAGAUUACCAGACUGAGGAACAGUUUCAGGAGCUCCGGGCGACGUAUAGAGUCAAGGAGCAGAAUGGAGAUAUCUGGCAGGCGAUUGAAUUGCCCUUGAUACCCGGGCAAGCGAGCAAGCCUGUGUUGCAAGAGAUCUUGCACGCUGUGGAAGAGCUGUACUUCUUGCGAAGGUUCGAUGAGGCGGCGGUGUUCACCAAGCGUGUUCUGGAUGGGAGCGACGCAGCGUUAGACCGGGAUACGAGGGAGCUGUUGAUCCGGUAUGAGGAGAAGUGUCGCAGUCGGAUGGCACAAUGA